CAAAAACAAGAUAUAGAAACUUAAAAAAUAUGGCCACAAAAGAUCGCCUUGGGGAUCUGAAGAGAGUUCUUCACUUAAGUGAAUAUUUGGAGGAAGACAAUGACUUUAAUGCUAACCAGGUAUGUUCAAGCUUUGGACUCCUCCUAAAACAAAUAGUUCAGAUACAAGAGAGUAUCAAGGAACUAGAGAACACCUUGGAAGAAGUAAGGAUGCUGCAUAGUGAGAUUGAGCAAUCUUCAUUUGGUCAAUGUCAUCUGAAAAAUAAACUUAAUAAUGCUGUGGCGAAGAUUGCCAACUUUGCUAAGGGCAUUACACAGCAGCUCAGUGAUCUGGACAAAUACAGAAGCAAGGACAAUGUGGAAAUGGACAGUAAUGCAGCAGAAAUGAGAAUAAGGGAGAUUCAUUAUACGACAAUGCGGAUGAAGUUUUCUAAAGUUCUACACAGCUAUAAUCAAGCGAUGGAAAGUCACCGUGAAAACUGCAUAAAACGUCUGCAGCGCCAUCUGAGCAUUUCAGGGAUUGACCCUUCCACAGAAUCAUUAGAAACAAUCUUGAAUCAUGGCACAGAACAUCAACUCAUUCAAGACGUUCAAACAGACAUUCAGGUUCUUAGUCAGAAAUACAACCUUCAGAUAGCACGUCACACAGAGAUACUGACAUUAGAAGAAAAACUUACUGAUCUUCAUAACUUGUUCAUGACCUUGCAGUUUCUCACAUCACAGCAAAGUGAUUUAUUGGACAAUGUUGAAUACCAUGUAUCAAAAUCAAGAGAAUUCAUAGACUCAGCAAGUAGACAGGUGAAAAAGGCCAGAGAAUAUAAGAGGAAAAACUCUGCUGCAAAAAUUGUAAUGGCUCCAGUCACAGCUUUCAAACAUAUUUGCCACAGAUUGUCAUUUUAGCAUGGAUGUUUCCCUCUUAUUUUCAAUCAAUUUUUAAUGUUAAUUCACAAUUCAACACUUUCAUUGUUAAUUGCUUGAUGUAUUGAGUUUUCAAAUGUAAGUAUAUGUAUUAUUAUUAUUAUACAUGUGGUCUACACUAGAGCAAAUGACUAUUAUCACAUAUAUAAUGAACUUCAUUAUGUAUCGCUUAAAACAAUUGUAAAUAACAAACCACAUUAUAUUUGUAUUUUAAAACAGCUUUAUUUAAGUUAUGCUUAUUUAGAAAAUGGGACUGUCAAAGUUUUAAAAUUAUACACAAAAAACAACUGAAAAAAAAAGAAAUAUAUAUGUAAAUUGUUCAUUUAUAAAC